AGGUCUCGCAGCCAGUGGGGGCUCCUGAUGGCAUCAUGUGGCUGCUGCAGCCCCUCUUGCUCUGUGUUCCCUUGUCUCUCACUGUGCGUGGCCAGCAGAAGCCCCAGGUACCAGAUUAUCCCGGUGAACUCCAUUGUGGGUUCCAGAGCCUUCAGUUUGCCAUAAACCCAAGCCCCGGGAAAGCGACUCCUGCACUCAUAGCCUGGGACAAUCUCGGGCUGCCACACAGGCUGCAGAACAACUCCGGCUGCGGUACCUGGGUAAGGGAGAGCCCGGGGGGCUCCGUGCUGUUAGAAGCGUCUUACAGCAGCUGCUAUGUCACCGAGUGGGUGAGCACGACCCAAUCCCCAGGAACGUCGAGGCCCCCCACCCCAGCAUCCAGGGUGACUCCCCAGGACUCCCACUACGUCAUGAUAGUCGGAGUUGAAGGCACAGAUGCGGCUGGGCGCAGGGUUACCAACACCAAGGUGCUCAGGUGUCCUAGGAAUCCCCCAGACCAAGCUUUGGUAUCGAGCUCAAGUCCCUCUCCUCUUCAAAACGUAGCACUAGAAGCUCCAAACGCUGACUUGUGUGACUCUGUCCCAAAGUGGGACAGGCUACCAUGUGCUUCUUCACCCAUCACUCGGGGAGACUGCAAUAAGCUUGGUUGCUGCUACAAAUCGGAGGCAAAUUCCUGUUACUAUGGAAACACAGUGACCUCACGCUGUACCCAAGACGGCCACUUCUCCAUCGCCGUGUCUCGGAACGUGACCUCACCCCCGCUGCUCUUAAAUUCUCUGCGCUUGGCCUUCGGGAAGGACCACGAAUGUAACCCUGUGAAAGCAACACGUGCCUUUGCCCUGUUCUUUUUUCCAUUUAAUUCCUGUGGCACCACGAGAUGGGUCACUGGAGACCAGGCAGUAUAUGAAAAUGAGCUGGUGGCAGCUAGAGAUGUGAGAACUUGGAGCCAUGGUUCUAUUACCCGUGACAGUAUCUUCAGGCUUCGAGUUAGCUGCAGCUACUCUGUAAGGAGCAAUGCCUUCCCGCUUAGCGUUCAGGUGUUUACCAUCCCACCACCCCAUCUGAAAACCCAGCAUGGACCCCUCACUCUGGAACUCAAGAUUGCCAAAGAUAAGCACUAUGGCUCCUACUACACUAUUGGUGACUACCCAGUGGUAAAGUUGCUUCGGGAUCCCAUUUAUGUGGAGGUCUCUAUCCGCCACAGAACAGACCCCUCCCUGGGGCUGCUCCUCCAUAACUGUUGGGCCACACCCGGCAAGAACUCCCAGAGUCCGUCCCAGUGGCCCAUUCUGGUGAAAGGAUGCCCCUACGUUGGAGACAACUAUCAAACCCAGCUGAUCGCUGUCCAGAAGGCCCUGGAUACACCAUUUCCAUCUUACUACAAGCGCUUCAGUAUUUUCACCUUCAGCUUUGUGGACACCAUGGCAAAGUGGGCACUCAGGGGACCGGUGUAUCUGCACUGUAAUGUAUCCAUCUGCCAGCCUGCUGGGACCUCCUCCUGUAGGAUAACCUGUCCUGUUGCCAGGCGAAGAAGACGCUCUGACCUCCAUCUUCACAGCAGUACUGCUAGCAUCUCUAGCAAGGGUCCCAUGAUUCUACUCCAAGCCACUAUGGACUCUGCAGAGAAGCUCCACAAAAACUCAAGUUCUCCUAUGGACUCCCAAGCUCUGUGGAUGGCAGGCCUUUCCGGGACCCUAAUCUUUGGAUUCUUGUUAGUGUCCUACUUGGCUAUCAGGAAACGGAGGUGAAUUAUUCCAGUUGUGUUAAUAAAACCAGAUUGCAUUACC